CACGCUCACUGCGGAACUAACAGGACCUACCGAGGAGACUUCCGGCGGAGCGUUUUCAGUGUGACACCAAAAUGGAGGACGAGGAGAGGAUCACACCGAGCCGCGAGAGCUGCAUUUAUACUUCCUGUUAUUGUGAGGAGAAUGUUUGGAAACUCUGUGAGUUUGUCAGGAUGGAGAGAACCACACCUCUGGAAGACCUGUUCGUGGUCUUCAUCUCUAACGAGAACCGGCAGGUUCCUCUGUGGAAGCAGAAGUCCGGGCGAGGGGACCAGCCAGUGGUUUGGGAUUAUCAUGUAGUCCUGCUGCAGGUCAGCCUGAAGUCCGGAUCUCUGGUCCAUGAUCUGGACUCUCAGCUGUCGUUUCCGUGCAGCCUGGAACUGUACGCUGACCAGGCUCUGCACUCAGACCGCCACCUAAACCCCGCCUACCACAGGUGUCUCCGUGUCGUACCGGCCCACAGUUACCUGUUGAAUUUUGCGUCUGACCGGUCCCACAUGAAGAACUCUGACGGGUCCUGGAGGAUGCCCCCCCCUCCAUACCCCCCCUUACGCUCUGCAGAGAGUCAGAUGAACCUGGACCACUUCAUCAGCAUGGACCCUCAGGUGGGCUGGGGGGCGGUCUACAGCCUGGACCAGUUUCUGUGCACAUACCUGAAAGCCUCGUCGUCCUCGUCGUCCUCUUAGUCCUCCUUGUCCUGAGACAUCAGGUGGUCUACAGAGUCUGAGAGAGCAUCAGCAGGUCUACAGAGACUGAGAGGACAUGAGGAGGUCUACAGAGACUGAGAGGACAUGAGGAGGUCUACAGAGACUGUGAUGACAUGAGGAGGUCUACUGAGACUGAGAGGACAUGAAGAGGUCUACAGAGACGGAGAGGACAUGAGGAUCAACACCUAAGAGAUCUUCGCCGCUCUCUUCCUGAAAACAUUUAAACUAAUCCAGCCCUUAAACUCUCUCUGAGGGACUCUGAGGGACUCUGAGGGACUCUGAGGGACUCUGAGGGACUCUCUUUAGACCAUCAUUAAAUAUCUGAUGAGGAUAUUUUGAAAUCUUAAUAAAAACUAAACUAGUUUGCAUUCCCAGGAA